ACAGAGAUCAUAGCACUCUUAGCUGUUUAUCGGAUUUGUUCCUGUUAAGUUAAACACCUUUUUAAAAAAGGUAAACUUUAAAUCAACCUCUGUGUUUGUGGAAUAGGUUGCUAUAUUGACAGAGAUACAUUGAGUAUUUUUACUUGCAAAUACAAAUUGCAGUUUGCGUUUUACUAAUACACUACAAAAUGGCAUCAUUUUCUCAGUCUUCUAUUGAGAAGGGUUCUGAUUUCGUAUAUUUAUGUAGUGGUAGUGCCUGCAAAGACAAGAGCACUGUGAUGAAUGCUGAGGUUUACUGUGAAACGUGUGACAAGUUCUUCUGUAAGAAGUGUUGUGGCUUACAUGACCAGUUGUUUACAGGUCAUAAUGUUCUUGGAAAGGAACAUGAAAAUAAAUGGUCUGUAUCCAAAGAGAAAGACAGCACAUCACAGAAAUUGAAAGUGGACUCCAGUAGACCUCAACCAGGUAAUAAGGACCCCUCAAAGAAUCUUGUGUUGAAGAAAAUUGCAGCUUUUGAGCAGCGAGUUUCUAAGACUUCUAAAGCAGUAGAAAUGCCUGCCAAGAAACCUUCCCAGGGUCAGGAGACCAUCAGGCCAAGCAGGGACGCCUUCACAGCUGGUGCACAAGGGCACGUAUCCAGCGACAAUGUGUCUGGUAGGAGGGCAGGCUUGAAUGAUGACAAGAAAAAACCAAUGAGAGAAGGCACAUUCAGGGUACGGACUUUAUAUGGACGAAAUGUUUGCUGUAAUGAUUGUUACUGUUACACGCCCUCUACAAAGGUAGUUAUCAAAGGGGUUAUACUUGAAUCUGCAUGUUCAUCUGUCUGUCAGUUUGUCAGCAGACACAGACUUCUCCGAAACGGAUGCUGA